AUGAAUAAUAAAAAUGAUGAGGGACAAAAAUUAAAACGUAAAUCAUUAUAUGAAAAUUACCACAAAAUUAAUCAAACAAGUUUACUGUCACAUAAUUCAUUAGAAAUUGAUAUGAAAGGUUUUCUGAACUUAUUAAUUAUAAUAAUAUGUACUACACACUUUAGAUUAAUAUUAGAAAAUUUUAAAAAAUAUGGUUUAAUUAUAAAGAUACCAAAGAAUUGUGAUUUAGUAAAAAACCUUCCACUUUUAUUUUGCUUUAUAUCUUUGCAUGUAACUAUAUUUUUUAGCUGGUUUAUUGAAAGAUAUGUAACUUCCUGGUUAUAUACAUGUAUCGAUGAAGACGACCAACACACUUUUAAAAAUAUCCCUAUGGAUGAUCUGAGCAACAAAACAGAUAUGAUAAUAGAAAAGAAGAAUUAUAAAAGCCUUUAUCCAAAUUUAAUAAGAAGAAAAAAGAAAAAUAACACCAUAAAUAAUGAUAAUGAAAAUAAUAAUAAUAAUAAUAAUAGUAAUAAUAAUAAUAGUAAUAAUAAUAAUAAUAGCAAUAAUAAUAAUAGUAAUAAUAAUAAUAAUAAUAAUAACAAUAAUUAUAAUAAUUGCUUGCAUAAAGAUCCACCCUCAAUUUAUAGCUAUGAUAGUAAUACAACAUAUGAAAAUGAGCCUUAUGAUAAAUUCGAUAAAGAUAAUAGUACAUAUGACAAAUGCGAUAAAGAUAUUUUAUGUGAUAAAAAAGAUUCAAAACAAACAUGUAACGAUAUAUGUAAAAAAAAACUUAAAGAAUUAAAAAAUAAUAAUACUGAAAAAAAUAAUAAUAACAAUAAUAAUAAUAAUUAUAUUAAUACGUGUGCUCAUAAUAUUCAUACACAUAUCAAGGAUGAUGAUAUUAGUACAUCGUCUUGUUUAAAAAAAAAAAAAAAAAAAAAAGUACAUGGAUGGAAAUCAUUUCAUUUAUCAAUCUUUUUAUUAAGAUGCAUAAAUAGCAUAUUUAUAUUAUUAUUUCCUUUAUUAACCAUAUCAUAUUAUGAUACUGAACCCACACUUUCAUCUAUAUUAUUAACUAUAUCCAUUGUAUGGUUUUUUAAAUUUUAUUCAUUUCAUGAGGUGUGUUAUGAAGCUAGGAAAUUACACAUAGAAAAUGUAGAUUUGAAGAAUCUUAUAGAAGAUGAUCUAUCUUCUGAAAUGUAUUAUAUUAAAAGAUAUCCAUAUUGUUUAGACCUAAAAAGUUAUUAUACAUAUAUUUUAAUGCCUACUAUGUGCUUUCAAUUUUUUUAUCCACGAACAGAAAAAAUUAGAUGGAUUCAUGUAGCAAAACAUAUAUUUGAAGUUAUUUUAUUAAUAAUCAUGAUCAAAAUUAUAUCAGAUCAAUAUAUGUUUAUAACAGUCGAAAAUACUUUUACCAUGAAAGAAUUUACAUCAGCACAUUUCUCUGUAAAAAUAACACAUAUAAUAGAAAGAAUGCUAAAGGUAUCUAUACCAACACUAUAUAUAUGGCUAAUAGGUUUUCUUAUAGUCUUUCAUCAUUGGUGUAAUAUAUUAGCUGAAAUUACAAGAUUCGGAGAUAGACUAUUUUACAAAGAUUGGUGGAAUGCUAGCUCUUUUGCUGAAUAUUGGAGGAAAUGGAAUCUACCUAUAUAUUAUUUUGUUUGUAGACAUAUUAAUAAACCCUUAAUUUAUUAUGGUAUACAUAGAAAUGUUUCCAUGAUAAUUGUUUUCUUUAUAUCUGCUAUGUUACAUGAAUAUCUAAUUAGUAUACCAUUAAAAUUAGGUUUUACCGGAUAUAUCUUUUUUGCAUUCAUAUGUCAAAUACCUUUAGUACAAUUUACUAAUAAUGCAUAUUUCAAAAAACAUAAAACUAUUGGAAAUUCCAUCUUCUGGAUUGUUUUUUGUUUCACCGGACAACCGCUUAUUCUAUUUAUUUAUUACUACUUGUGGAUAGAUAAACAAGGCACGCUUAAAAAUUGA